AUGAAGAUUCGUUCGGGACUGCUGGCUCUUAUCCUUGUGCUUGGUCUCUUUGUUUCGCUUCACCACCUGCCAAAUGUCAUCGCAGGUCCACCCUAUGAACCACCGUUCCAAAGUCAACUCAGACCAUGUUUUGAAAACAACAAGGACACAAGUGUCAUUUCUUCGGAAUCGGCAUGGAAUCAAAAUCGUCCAUCUGUUUUUCCUAAUCAUGGUGCUGCUGUAAAAUUCGCAAAAGAUUGUCGAAGAAGUAUUUGUGGAACAACCAAUUCGGUGUGUUGUAAUACUUUUUGUAAGAUGUCUGGCUUUGCUGAAAAUUCUGGUUCCUUCUAUGAAUGUCAACGACAAUGUGCUGGAGUCAAUGGUCAACAAUCAGGAAAUGGUGCUAACAAUGGAGACCCAACACCUGUUGAAAUUCCUGUCAAAUAUGAACCUUGUGAAAUUUCAUGCAAUUCAGUGAUCAACUUUUAUAAUUUUGAAUCACCAUUGAAGGUCAAUACAAUUUUGAGAGGAAGUAAGAAGAAAAAGACAACAACUCAAUCCAUCAAGAAAUUGAUCAAGAAAGUUAUGGGUAUGAUCAAACGUAAUCGUCGUUCGAGAAAUGUCUUGUACUCAACUGAUGAAGUGGUUGAAGAUAUUUCAACUCCCAAUGUAGCAUCUGCUUCUGUUUUAGCUUCUUCAACAUCUGACAAGCCAAGCUCUGGUGUGGCUGUGAGAGUAUUCAAGAAGAGUUUGAAUCAAGUGUAUCAACCAACCUAUACUGGAAACAAUGUUCCAAAACAUAGAAUUUGUUCUGCUGACUCGACUCAAAAAGCUGUUAUUGAAUUCAAUGCAUACACUGGAAUGACUUGUCCAAAGAUUCGUGAAUGGCUCAACUUGCCUGACGUUUCACCUAACGUGUUGCAAUAUGUUGAGGUUUUGUUGUAUGAUUUGUAUGGCCAAUGUCGAUUGAAAGGUGCUGAUUGUUCUUCUCCAAGAUUGGCCUCAAUCAAAUACAACGAUAACGUAUUGGUUCAAAAGUACACAGUGAAUGAUGCUCCUGGUAGUGGUAGCAAUCGACGAGUUCAAGCGUAA